UUGACAGUGAUAGUCAAUACUGAUAAGGUCCUGUCAUGCCAUUAUUUUGCGAACGUUUAUUUUAAACAAAUACUCGGUAGGUACUAGGUACUUACACAGAAAAAAUUACUUGUUUGACCGAUGUGAGAUGUCUGGUAGGAUGUAUAGAUAAGUAUUUAUGCCUAUCCCGCCUUCCAGAAUUUACAAAACUGAAUAGCUAACCUCAAAAGUGUGAACAAACAUUGUUCAGUCUACGAAUUUUAAAAAUUAUAUUAAAUAAUUAAAUCGCCAUAAACAGUUUGAUACAUACCUACAAUUUAAUAAAAAAAUGGGCGAUUCAAAAGCAUUAAAGCCAGGAACGCUUGUUGGUUUUGGAAAUCCAUUGUUGGACAUGUCCAUCAAUGGCGAUGAUGAUUUAUUAAAUAAAUACGAUCUUAAAAGUAAUAACGCUAUAUUAGCUGAAGAAAAACAUAUGCCAUUGUAUGAAGAACUGAUAAACUUUGAAAAAGUAGAGUAUACGGCUGGAGGUUCAGCUCAAAAUUCUUUAAGAGUUGCUCAGUGGAUCCUAAAAGAACCAAGUGUCGCAGUAUUUUUUGGAGCUGUUGGUAAAGAUAAAUAUAGUGAUAUUUUAAAACAAAAAGCAAACGAAGAAGGUCUGAAAGUGCAAUAUCAAUACACAACAGAGAAGCCCACUGGUACUUGUGCUGUUAUCGUGACAAAUAAAGGAAAAGAUCGUUCAUUAUGUGCCAAUUUAUCAGCGGCGCAAACAUUUUCAGAAGAUCAUUUGUAUGUUUCUGAGAACAAACAAAUAAUAGAUAACGCUCAAUUUUAUUUAACUACAGGUUUUUUUUUACAAGUAAACGUGAAAGCCGUGCAAAAAGUGGCUGAAAUAGCUCGUCAAAAAAAAUGUCCUUUCUUGUUUAAUAUUAGCGCUCCGUUCAUAUGUCAAUUUUACAUGAACGAUGUCAUGUUGGUUUAUCAUUUUGUUGACAUUUUGAUUGGAAACGAUGAGGAAGCUAAAGCAUUUUCAGAAACACAAAAAUGGAACUUGAGCGACAUUGAAGAAAUUGCUAAAAAGUUGAGUACUUUUGAAGUCGACAGCGGUCACAAGCGUCUUGUUGUGAUCACCCAAGGAGAAAACCCAGUUAUUGCAGCUAAUGAUGGCGUAAUCACUCGAUAUCCGGUACCUAAAAUUCCCACUAGUAAUAUUGUGGACACUAAUGGAGCUGGUGAUGCAUUUGUCGGUGGAUUUGUUGGAAAGUAUGUUUUGGGAUGUCCAGUCGAAGAUUGUAUAAAUUGUGGAAUAAAAGCAGCGUCUUAUAUUAUACAACGACCAGGAAUCUCCAAAGGAGAUCUGUUUGAUGUCUAACUAUUUAUUUAUUCUAGUAAUACGCUAAUUGUUGCCAAUUAUUAUUAAUAUGUAUUUUACUCGACUCUUAAAAUGCAUUUAAACUUAAUAUUGUAUCUUAUUUUUGUAACAAUAUAUAUGUU